CAAUAUAUUCUGUCGCUAGACACGCACCAACACUGGUCAAAAAAGCGGAAAACAAUAAGGGGAUGGAUGCAAGAUUUCUUCAAGGCUGGGACCUGCCAACAUCAGGUGCAAACCACCUGCCUCCUGGAAAUCCAAAAAAGACUAGUCAAUGA